GAUAACAGAGUGACAUCAUUGUGACGUUUUGUGAAUUUUAUUUGUCGUUUCUUUUUCGAAGUAUUAAAUUGCGAAACCAAAUAAUUUCUAGAUUUUGUUUGUUUCUUAUUAUAUUUUGUUAUACUGGAUUGCAAAUCAUUUGCAAUAUUUCUUUGUUAACGUAUUUUAAAUAGCCUACGUCAAAAUUCCUCCGGCUGCAGUAAACGAAGGUUCUUCUCUCCGAACUACUGAUCGGUGGUCGGAGAUGUUGACGCCAUGUGAGGCCAGUGAGGUAAUAGCGUUCCUAGAGGGACGCGAUGCUCCCGAUGCUUUCGUGGGGUUAUAUAGCGCCGUGAGGGAGCCCUGGCUAGCGCGCGGCCUGCUGCAGUACCACGCGCGGACCGGCUCCACGCGGGCUCUCGACCUCCUGGCUCGCGCGCCCGAAGCCCACGCGCGCUAUCUUCUCGAUGCGCUGCUCGAGCAGCUGCGCGGCGAGCGGCCGGCGUGCCACCACGCGCUCGCCGCCCUGGCGCUGCUCGUGGCGCGUCGCCCCGUCUGGCUGCACCGCCUGCCCACGCACGGCACCUCGCGGGAACUGCUGCGCGCCGCUCGCCGCGAGCGGGACCCGCUGGCGCUGCUGCACGCGCUGCUCGCUCUCGCCGCGCUGCUGCCCGCCGAGCCCGCCCUGGCGGCCGCGCACUGGACCGACCUGGCCGAGGCGCUGCUGCGCCCCGCUGCGCUCGAGCCGCCCGCGCCGCCCGUGCGCGACCAUCUGCAGCUGGCGCAGCUCGCUCUGUUCCACGCGCUCUACGCCACCCACCCGUGCACCCUGCUGGAGACGCUCCGGGCGGAGUGCGCCGCGGCGACCGCGAGGGAUGCGUGGGAGCGUGCGCUCGUGCCGCUGCUGCGCUCCGUGCGGCUGCACCCCGCGCUGGUGACGGGCUCCCGGCAACGCGAGGCGGAGGCGGCUCGCAAGACACGCCUCGAGAUCCACGACGUGCUCGCGGAGACGCGGCGUCUGUCCCUCCGUGCGCGGGAGCCGGCCGAGGAGCGCACCGGUCUGGCGCCCGCGCCCGCGCCGCCCGCUCC